AUGGAAGUUUAUGUCGACGACAUCAUUGUCAAGUCCAAAAAAGUAGAAGACCACGCAAAUGACCUGGAAGAAGUCUUCACUAAGCUCAAAAAAUUCAAACUCAAGCUCAAUCCGGAUAAAUGCGCAUUCGGGGUCCCAGCAGGAAAAUUCCUCGGAUACCUCAUCUCUCAAAAAGGCAUCGAAGUAAACCCGGAAAAAACAAAGGCAAUUUUGGACAUGAAGGCACCAAAGUCGGCCAAAGAGUCUUUCGAGGAACUCAAGAAGUUCCUAAGUUCGCCGCCACUUCUCGGACGACCCGAAGCAGGAGAGACACUAUAUCUAUAUCUGAGCGUCACAAACGAAACAGUGGCGUCGGUACUGGUCAAGGAAGAGAAAACUGAGCAGAAACCGGUGUACUACACAAGCAAAAUACUUCCAGGCUCACACGGUAAUAGUCCGAACAAACCAACCCUUGAGGAAAGCACUCGCAAGACCAGAAACGUCAGGACGGAUAAUCAACUGGUCGGUCAUGAUAGGAUCAUACGACAUCAAAUACGAACCACGAACAGCAAUGAAAGCUCAAUACUGGCCGACUUUGUAGCAGAAACCACAACACACGACCAACCCACCGAGGUGGACAAGGGUUUGGUCAGCUGGACAUUGCAAGUAGAUGGGGCAUCAAACACAGCCGGAGCAGGAGCAGGCAUGAUUCUAAGAGGACCACACAAGAUAAAAAUGCAAAAUUCAAUCCAUCUCAAUUUCCCGACCACCAAUAAUGCAGCAGAGUACGAAGCUUUGAUAGGCGGAUUAAGAAUGGCAAUGGUAGUGAAAACCGAGUACAUCAAGAUUCAGAGCGACUCUAAAUUGGUUGUGAACCAAGUACUUGGUCUGUACGAAGUAAAGGAUCCAGAAAUGAAAAAGUAUGUGGACCGGGUUAAAGAGUUACUCGCAAACAUCACCGAAGAAGGUGGAAAAUGGGAACUAGAACAAAUACCCAGAGAGGAAAACACAGAAGCAGAUACACUGGCAAAAGCCGGAGCAGCCAAAGAUACAAUACCGGGCGUGCCGUGCUCGAUACAAAAUUUCAGCAGUGUCCAGAAUCCUGAAGCAACAUUCCUCAUUAACCCAAUGGACCAGUGGAUGGAGCAAAUCAUAUCAUACAUCGAAAACGGGAUCCUACCCGAAGAUAAUAAAGAAGCAAGAAGGGUCAAAAGACGAGCACCACAUUUCUCAUACCGAGACGGAACGCUCUACAGAAAAUCAUUUUCACACCCCUGGUCCAGAUGUCUCACAAUGGAAGAAGGAAAAUAUGUCCUAGCCGAGAUACACGAAGGGCUAUGUGGAAGCCACAUUUCACACCUGGCACUCUGUCGAAAGGUCGUCUUGCAAGGAUAUUAUUGGCCGACACUGGCACAAGAUGCAGAAAAUCUGGUACGUAAGUGUGAAAAGUGCCAAUACCACCAAAACGUGCACCAUCAACCAACAACCGAGCAAAGUCCAAUAAUAAGCCCUUGGCCAUUCAGCAUAUGGGGAAUAGACAUAGUCGGCCCUUUCCCAACAGCAAGCGGGCAGAGAAAAGUCCUAAUAGUAGCAGUAGACCAUUUCUCAAAAUGGGUAGAAGCCGAAGCCGUUUCUACCAUAACAGAAGCACGAGUACGAAGUUUUGUCCGAAGAGAAAUCAUCUGUCGCUUCGGGAUCCCAAAGAUCAUCAUAACCGACAACGGAAAGCAAUUCGACAACAAAAAUUUCAGAGAAUUCUGCGCAGAAAAAGAGAUCGAUCUAAGGUUCACAUCAGUCACUCACCCACAAAGCAACGGGAUGACCGAAGUAACCAAUCGAACCAUUGUCAACGGUUUAAAAAGGCGUCUAGACGACGCAAAAGGUCGAUGGGCCGACGAGCUGCACAGUGUCUUAUGGUCGUACCGAACCACACCAAAAGCGGGCACAGGAAGAACCCCAUAUAGUCUAACUUAUGGGUGUGAGGCAAUGGUACCGGUAGAGAUAGGCAUGCCAACCAUCAGAGUCCAAUAUUUCGACGAGCAACAAAACGAAGAAAGUACCAGGCUCUGCCUCGACCUGCCUGAGGAACGAAGAGAGCAAGCCUUGCUACACAUAGAAACAUAUAAACAAAGAAUGGCAACAUAUCACAACAAAAGGGUCAAACCCCUAACAUUUGAAAUUGGAGAUCUCGUACUAAGACGAGCCGACAUAACAAAAGGCAAUGCGGGAGUAUCUAAACUCGGAGCUAACUGGGAAGGACCCUACCAAGUAAAAAAAGUAGGGAAAGGAGGAGCCUAUUACCUAACCUACAUGUCAGGACGAGACCUGCCAAGAACCUGGAAUGCCAGAGUUCUUAAGCGAUUUUACCAGUAG